AACAGCCCGCCUUCGCUGCUAGCGAGCCAGAGAAGAAAAACACACACGCUCACACUGAAGAAGACAUGGAGAACAAAGUUGUUAGCAGGGUCGUGAUCACUGGUGUGCUCAUGCUAUGUCUCGGGCUGCUGCACCACGCUCAGGCCUUAGGUUGCAGCCCUUCUCAGCUGCAGUGCAUUGAGGUGUGCGACGACGAGGACAUCCCGCACGAGCAGUGUGUGAAAGAAUGUGGCUGCAGCGAGCUGAACCUGCUGUUUCACUCCAAGCCAGCUGGUCUCGGACUGCAGCGCGCUCAGGUCGGUGGCUGUAGCCCUUCUCAGAUACAGUGCGUUGAGGUAUGCGACGACGAGGGUACCCCGCAUGAAACUUGUGUGAAGGAAUGUGGCUGCAGCGAGGUGAACCUCCUUCACUCCAAGGCAGCUGGCCAACGUCGCUGCAGGCUGGGUUGCUCGUCCAAGUGCAACCACGCAAACAAACUUGAUAUCAGCGCAGGCGUGAAGGAACAGUGUAAGGAUGUGUGCGACAGUCUCUGCGCAAAGGGCAUCGAUAUAGCUGCUACCGCUGCUUAAGAAAGCCACAGCAUGCAUCUCUCGCUCUGGAGCUCCAAGGAGGAAAUGUUGUUUGUGAACAUCUGAAUUAAAUAAACGGACAUCAUGCAUGUCCAAACCAUUGUGCCCUCUUAAAUAAGUCACAUAUCCGUUCUAAAUAAUUGCGAUGAGGAUGAUGAUGCACUUCUCCUUAUCUAGUGUGUGAUGUUGUAUUUUGGCUUUAUAUGCAUGAAAAGUUCAGUAUCUAUAUUGUGAGUAAA